UUGGAUUACACUAAAACAAAAACCAUGACUCAUAAAGUAGAUCUUUGGAUGGGCUCCGUCUUCAUCCUGGGUGUGGGCUACAUUUGUGCGGUUCAGGCCUACGAUCCAAAGGUCUGUGUGCGCGUGGAGAGUGUUCCGUACACCCGAUCGGAAUACAGGAUGCGCCAGGAGCCGUAUCAGAAGCAUUCGUUCUGGCGAGGCUGGGAGACCAAGUAUCGUCCAGUGUAUGGAUGGCAAGAUGUGGUGGACUAUAGAAGCGAAACAAAACAAUAUUGCUGCGACGGCUACGAGGGUUCGAUCUCCAACUGUAAGCCCGUGUGCGUUGGAGGCUGUUCCGGGAAUAGUUACUGCACGGCUCCGAAUAUUUGCAGCUGCAAGGAUGGCUAUGGCGGAGCCGAUUGCCAUCCCAUUUGUUCCAGCUGCGGCAGGAACGAGUUUUGCCUGAAUCCGAAUCGCUGUGCCUGCAAUGAAGGAUACCAGAAGAUCCACGACGAAGGCGACUGCCUGCCCGUAUGCCCGGAACCCUGUGGGAAUAGCAGCUUCUGCGCAGCGCCUGGAACUUGCGAGUGCAUCGUCGGCUACGCCAAGUCGGCGAUCAACGCCUCGUGUCAGCCAGUCUGUUCGCCCGAAUGUGGCUCCAACUCGUUUUGCCACCAGCCGAACGUCUGUGCCUGCGAGAACGGCUACCAGGCAGAGGGGGAGGGUAGUUGUGAUCCCAUAUGCGACGCUGGUUGCGGCGAUCACAGUCAGUGCGUGAGACCGGGAGUGUGCGAGUGCGAGGCGGGCUAUGCCGAAGGCGAAGUGGGAAGCUGUCUGCCCAUUUGCCCCCAGGGCUGUCCCGAGCACAGCAGUUGCCUGACACCCUCCGUCUGCAUCUGCGAUCCGGGCUACACCAUGAAGGCAGACCGCUGCGAGCCGCACUGUCCGCAGCAGUGCUCCGACUACGCCCAAUGCACCGCUCCCAAUGUGUGCGAGUGCUAUCCCGGCUAUGUGGCCACCGGGGAGGACGGCAAAUGCGAGCCAAAGUGCAGCCAGGGCUGCGCCAAUGGCUUCUGCUUCUCGCCGGAGGUGUGUGUCUGCAGCAUUGGCUACCUGAUGGGCCCCAACCAGACCUGCGAGCCACAGUGCAGCCUGAACUGCGUGCACGGAGAGUGCACCCAGCCGGAGACUUGCUCCUGCAUGCCUGGCUACCGCUUCCAGGGCAGCUCUCAGCAUAUUUGUGAGGCGGUCUGCGAGAAGGGCUGUGAGCACGGCGACUGCGUGGCCCCCGAGAUCUGUCUCUGCCACGUGGGCUACCAGCCGAUGGAAAACGUGUGUCAACCCGUCUGUGAGACAAGCUGUGUGAAUUCCACAUGCACUGGACCGGAUCAUUGCAGCUGCCUGGAAGGCUACGAGCACAGCUCUAACUCCACUUGCAUUCCCCACUGCAGCAAGGGCUGCGAACACGGGGACUGCCUCGAGCCAGAGGUGUGCACAUGCCGCCCUGGCUAUGAGCAGACAGCUGAGGGAUGUACUCUUCGGAUUACCUCUACAACUGCUUCGAUUUCCACACCUUUCGAUGAUUCCACACCUUUUGAUGAUUCCACCAACCCCGCUGUGGUUCCUUUCGCUGGCCUGCUGCAACUGCCAGUUGCGAACUGCUCGGAGGAUUGCCCGUGCUGGAAUGAGUUUGACGAACUGGGUCCCCUGACCAACGCCAAGUGUGUCAAGGUGUGUCGGGACUCACAUGACAAGCCCUGCCUGGAUCUAAGUGAGUGCUCCUGCGAGCUCUCCACUGGCCAAUUAGUAUGUGAAGGAAGUGGGGAUUACAGUUCCGAGCAGGCGCGUUACACUUGCAAGACGCCCAAGCAAGGGAAGAUCGAGGCAGCCAAGGACAGUUCGAAGUCAUGGGGCUGGCUCCGCGUGGUGGGCUGGUGCAUUGCCGUCGUUAGUCUUGUGGCCAUCGUCGUGGCCAUAGCCGUUAAAUUGUAUCCGAAAUAUGCCAGCAAACGCGCUUACCAAGUCGAUGAAGCCAUCUACGAGGAUACUCUAUAGAAUAAUAAUUUGUUUUAUUUUAUUUAAACUAAAUACAUGCAUAAUCGAAGGUUUA